AUGGGCUUCCUGCACGCGUUUCUGGUGCUCCUGGUGGCUGCCCUCUUGGCAGCGUUCCUCCUGCUGGUUCUGGGAAGCAUUUAUUUCGAUUACGCCAACUCGGAGAUCCCUCCUGGAGUCGAGCACCCGGCCAGGUUGCGAAUCAUUCACGCCACGCUGAUUGGGGCGUCUGUCCUGGUGAGUGGAUCGCAGCGCCCCAUCCAAAGGCGAGGUUGUAACUUGCGGGAAACCCACGAACUUAACCGCCUCCCCAUUCGCCACGCGCCAUUGCGCUCUCCUCCUGAUUUUAACCUGUUUCUAUCCGACAUCGCGAAUGGUAAAGUAGGCGCCCCCCUGUCGGAGAGGGAGAGAUCUAAGGAGAGACGAAUUAUCGGGCAGGAGGAGGGAAAAGGAAAGGAACGAGCUUGGCAGUGUUUAAAAACGCAACCCAGAAAAGUUUGGCUCUGGUGCUGAACGACUGGGCAGGAUUAAUCCUCCAGGUUCAGAGUAGCUGCUUGGCGCUAGCAUUUCGCUGAACUUUCUGCAAUAACUUGAAUGAGACUCUGGUCGCAUCCACGCUGCACAUGACUUUUCCCCUAAGUAUCCUGAGAAGUAGGGACGCGGGUGGCGCUGUGGGCUAUACCACAGAGCCUAGGACUUGCCGAUCAGAAGGUCGGCGGUUCGAAUCCCCGCGACGGGGUGAGUUCCCAUUGCCCGGUCCCUGCUCCUGCCAACCUAGCAGUUCGAAAGCACCUCAAAGUGCAAGUAGAUAAAUAGGUACCGCUCUGGUGGGAAGGUAAAUUGCGUUUCUGUAUGCUGCUCUGGUUCGCCAGAAGCGGCUUAGUCAUGCUGGCCACAUGACCCAGAAGCUGUACGCCGGCUCCCUCGGCCAAUAAAGCAAGAUGAGUGCCGCAACCCCAGAGUCGGCCACGACUGGACCUAAUGGUCAGGGGUCCCUUUACCUUUAUCCUGAGAAGUGCAGUUUGCUGGGACUUGUAGCUCUGUCAGGAGCAAACUACACUUCCCAGGAUUCCUUGGGGGAACCCGUGUGCUUUAAACAGUCUGGAUGUGACAGCUAUCUCUCUCUCUCUCUGUGUGUGUGUGUGUGUGUGAGAGAGAGAGAGAGAGAGAGAGAGAAAGUUUUAAAAAUUAUUAAUGGUGUUUGACAGAACCUCUGGAACAUUUUCAUCCAAAGGCCAAUUACUGCCUGCUGUGGGAGCAGUAAUGUUUGUAGCAGGCUCACAGGCAGACUUCGAAUGAGUAAAUGAAAGAAUGAGAAAGAAGAAACUUUGUGAGAAAGAAGGUCAACACAGAUAUUUUUUUUAAAAAAUGCAAUUACACAAGACCUUUAUAUCAUGCCCGUCUUUCACUUUGGAGCCCAGGGAACCUAAACAUUAACAGAUGAAACAGCUGCGCUGAAGUAAAACGGAAGUUAAACUCUCAAAGUCGGCAUGGCCAGAGCUGCUGCAAUAGUAUCACUAAAAUUGCACUCCAAGGAAAUGGUCUAUCUCAUGGGAGCCCAAAACUCUGGCCUGAUAAAAUGGUUUAAAGUCACCUCGUAAAACAUAUCUGAGGUGAGCACAGACUGAAGGGAGCUCCAUUGGCAAGGUGCCGCCACAGAGAAUGGUAUGCAGUGAGGUGAAGGAGGCAUGUUCAAUCUUUUCCCGCUCACUCUCUUUCCUGCUGAUGCAUACCCACCCACACCUGGGCUGCCAUUUGCCCUUGAAAGUGUUGUUUACUACAUAUUGCCCUUUCAGGAGCAGAUAACAGUUAAUAGGCGGGCGGAUUUCCUCCAGGCAAUUAGUGUAGGCCCCGAGCCAGAUUUGGAGAGGGAUUCUGCAGCUCUGUGGUAGCUGCUACCCAGUGUUAAGGUGGAAAUCAGAAAGGUGGCACCAGAGCUAUUGAGAGGAUAUUUAAGAAGGAUAUUGACAAACUGGAAUGUGUGCAGAGGAGGGCAAGCAAGAUGAUUGAGGGUGUGGAAACCAAGCCCUCGAUGAGGAACAGUUGAGGGAGUUGGGGCUGUUUAGCCUGGUAAAGUAAAGAGGAGACUGGGAGGUGAUAGGAGAGCUGUCCUCAAAUUAUCUGAAGAGCUGUGGCAUGGAAGAUGGAGCAAGCUGGCCUCCUAGUGGCGCAGCAAUAAAACUGCUAGCACAUUUGCAAAGUUAAGCAGGGUCCAGUAUGGUUUCAAAUUGGAUGGGGGACUGAGGGUUGAGAUGCCGGCAUUGCGGAAGAGUGUGUGUCUGUGUGUUGGACUAGAUGACCACCAAGAUCCCAGCAGGUUGGUAGGACCCAAACCAGUGGAUUCAAAUUAUAAUGAAACCAUUCUGAUGAUAAGAGCUGUUAGACAGUGGAACUGACUCCCUUGGAGAAUUGUGGACUCUCUCUUUCAUUGGAGGUUGGAUCCCCUAUAGGGGAUUUUGUUGAAUUUUUUGCAUUGCAGGGUGGGACUGGAUGACCCUGGAUGGGGGGGGGGAUACCUUCCAGCUCCACAGUUCUACAAUUGUACAGUUCUAUGGAGCCAAUGAAUUCAACUUUUGCUGAGUUCAACAAGGACAACACUGAGAUUAGGGUGAUGGUAGAGGAAGUUGAUAAACAGGCACGACAGGCAGGCAGGCAGGCAGGGACUCGCUGAGGCGGGGGGAGCAGGGCCUAAUUCCCGCCAGUGGAUCCGCCUCCAUUGCCACAGCUGCUUUUUCUUCAAAGCAAUCAGCUGAAGCAUGCCUUCCAAAAAGCUAGUUUGUUCAUCUAGCCCAGCAGUUCCCCAAAGGGGCAGUGGGAUUACCGGGGGGGGGGGUGCUAAGAAGCAAGAGGGAUGUAGUGUAGGUGCCAAUGAGUAUCAGACUUUCAAAAGCUCGAUUGAGUUCAUCAGUGUUGUUGAAUUAAAUAGUUUUAAUUUGAUAUUGGAUAAAUGUGCAAUUAGCUGUUUUGAAUUUUGUUGCGUUGUCACCUUCCUUAGGAGGUUGCACAAACUGCUGUUUAUGAAUAAAGCUUGUUAUAGAGUAGGGUACCGGUUGGGAACCGGUGGUCAAGUUCAUUAGGUCUAUAUACCAUACACAUCAUAACUAAAACUCCCAAUAUCAGCCCUAGCACAAAUGGCUUCUAAAUCCAGCCUGUGGACAGUCCAGGAAUCAGUGUGUUUUUAUAUAAGUAGAAUGUGUCCUUUUAUUUAUAAUGCAUCCCUGGGUUAUUUGUGGAGCAUAGGAAUUCAUUCAUUUCCCCCCAAAAAAUAUAGUCCGGCCCCCCACAAGAUCUGAGGGACAGUGGACCAGCCCCCUGCUGAAAAAGUUUGCUGGCCCCUGGUUUACUGCUUAGCCUGUUCUUCUCCCAAAUAUAUCCCAAGGCAGCAGAGAUUUCCUUCUCCUAGUUGGGCUAGGUUUUCCUUCUUCUUAAUAUUCUUUAUUGAAAAAUAGAAAAAAAAAUAUUAUAUAUAUAUAUAGAGAGAGAGAGAAUAACAAUUGUUAAUACACACCCAUGUAAAUAAAUAAAUAAGACAAAAGAAAAGAAAAAAGCAUUUACAAGGUUGUUAUUGUACUUAUCCUAAACGUAACCUAAUGUCAGGAUAAAUUAUUUAAAUAUCUUGAACUGGCAAAAAUGACAGAGACAAUUAGGAGACAGCCAAACCAAAAAUUAAAAAAGAAGACCGGGAAACUUAUAAAGAAUAUUUUUUAAAAAACAACAACAACAGUGUCCUCAAGUCAGAAGCUGGACAUGCUUUGAUUAAGUUUUUGCACAUUACAAGAAAUAUUGUAAGUAUAACAUUCAAAUAAUAAAAGAAAUGGGAAAAUGACCAAAGAAGUAGUUUAACAAAAAGAUAAGACAGACUCGCUUUGAGGAAGACAGAAGUCUAUUGGGAAGGAUAAUUGGGAAUUAAGAAUAUGGUGGUGUAAGGGGGUUUUUGUGGGGGUUGUAAGAACUUAGGGAUUUAUGGAUGUAGGUAUGUUUUUUCCUUUUGUUAUUUUAUUUUGUUAAUUUUUGUGUGUGUUUGUUAUUUAAGAAAACUAAUAAAAAGCAUAUUAAAAAAGGAAUCUUCUCUUAUAUCAUCACCCUUCAUGUCCACCACGCAGGGCCAAAUUUAGGUUUGAUGAGGCCCUAAGCUACUGAAGGUAAUGGGGCCCUUUAUAUGUCCAGCUGUCCUUUGCCAACAACAAAUUGUCACUGUUUUUUGUGUUGAAUAUUUUAGGGAGAAGGCUAGCAGGCAGGGCCCAUUACUUACAUCAUAGGAGCCUACACAACUCAAAACAUUGUUGCUGUAUGUAGGUUUUAUUUUAUUUGUUUUUUAUCUUAUAUUUUGGAAAUGUACAUCCAGGAUUUUUUUCCCCUUUAUAUUUUUUGGGCCCCCCCAAAAGGGUGGGGCCCUCAGCUAUAGCUUCUUUAGCUUAUAUCUAAAUCCGGCAUGUCCACCACAUAACCCAUAAUGUUAUAAUUCUGAAAUGAUUCCCCCUGUCCUCAUGCCCCAGCAUGUUUCAUCCAAGCUGGGUAGCACUAUGAUCCUUAGAUUUUGAACAUCUAAAUAGUUGUUUGGAUGAACUUGCCACGAGUUAAUUCCUAUAUGACUUUUGUUUCUUCUUCCUGUCCCACUCUCAAUAGGGAAGGAUCUUGGAAAACCUACAUAUCUGCACACAAAUCCAGUUUGUGCGGAUUGUGCGAAACAGCCGGAAACUGGGGAAAGAAAACGCACUCUUCAUUAAAGAUACAAAGUUUAAGCAUGUGCCUGUCCGGAUUUACCAACCAAAGACUCCCUCUGCUGGUGGAAGGAGGGGGAUCGUGUUCUUUCAUGGAGGCGGCUGGGUGUUCGGAAGCAUCCGUGAGUUAUGUCCAAAUGUAAUCUGCGUCAACAUCUGAAUGAAGUGGGGUAACGCAUACACAGAGAGCAUUUGCAGAGGGAUCUCCUCUGAAUUAAGACCCAGUUCAUAAUAAGGUUUCUCCUCAAAAUCAUCAGCCAUCUAACCACACCAAAGCAUCCACAAAAAUAUCUCAAGCCAAAGGGGGCUUUCUGGAGUCAGGAUGUGCCUUAACAAUCCUACAUGCUGCAGCCAUCAUUUAUUGACAAGUUUCAAAGUACCAUAUUUUUUGCUCUAUAAGAUGCACCAGACCACAAGACACACCUAGUUUUUGGAGGAGGAAAACAAGAAAAAAAAUAUUCUGAAUCUCCGAAGCCACAACAGCAAGAGGGAUCGCUGUGCAGUGAAAGCAGCGAUCCCUCUUGCUGUUCUGGCUUCUGGGAUAGCUGCGCAGCGUGCAUUCGCUCCAUAAGACGCACACACAUUUCCCCUUACUUUUUAGGAGGGGAAAAGUGAGUCUUAUAGAGCAAAAAAUACGGUAGUUGUUGAUUCCUGUACAUCGUUGUUGCUGCUGCUGUUUUGUUUUUUGUGUUUUGUGUUUUGUGUUGUUUUGUGUUUUGUGUUUGUGGUUUGUGUUUUGUUUUGUUUUGUUUUGUUUUGUUUUGUUUUGUUUUGUUACCCCGCCAUCCCUCCAACAAGCUCAAGUUGACCUGCACAGUUCUCCCUGCAAUUAUAUCUUCCCAACAACCUUGUGAGAUAGGUUAGACCAGUGUUUCUCAAACUUGGGACUCUAGCUAUUGUUGGAUGCUGGGAGUUGUAGUCCAACAACAGCUGCAGACCCAAGUUUGAGAAACACUGCUUUAGAGCAUGGGGUUGGAAACCUUUAACUCUCUUGAUGUUGCUGAACUCUAAGUCCCGUCAGUCCCAGCUUGCAUUAUCAAAGGUGAUGAGGGAUGAUUGAGUCCAGCAACAUCUGGAGGACCAAAGAUUCCCCAUCCUAGCUUUAGAGAAACAACAUCAGCCUUCUAGUCCUCAUGGGCUCUAGAGGAAAAACUUUGAAAUCUUUUUGAAGAGACUUAAAAAUCAGAAGGGGGUGGUCAAGGCUUUCCAGUAUAAGGCUGGAACUUUGCAUCUUGGACCACUUUUCAGUGGGGUUAUAUUUAUUUAUUUGUUCCGCUUGUAAUUAACCUGCUAAUUUAGCCCACCUUAACUCUCUGUUCUUCCUUCAGUCACUGGAAAGUAAUGGACAAAAAUCUUUUGGGAGGCGGGGCAGUGAUCUGCAUUUUGGAACUAGAAGAAACUGUAGGUUUGGGAUUUAUAUAUUUUUAUGGUUUACAAUAAUGCAAUUCUACAAUUUUACUGUUCUCUCAUCCACUCCCUGUUGGCCAAAGGAGAUGGAGUCUGACUGGGACAGGCCCUGAUGGAAUCUGUGCCUCCUCCCCUCCCUCUCUUCCUUAUCAUGGGGGAAAACAUAUUUAUUUUCCCUAUUUUGUCAAGUGAAUAUAGUGCAGUAACAUCCCCAGGGAGUUUGUUCUCUGUUAAUUUUGUUGGCAUAUAUUUUUGGUGGUGAUGAGGUUCUUCUCAUUAACUGUUGCACCUGGGAGGUACAUAAUCAAAUCACCACAUCUUACUAAUGAAUAAAUGGAUAACUCUGGGAAUAUUUUUGUUUUAGAAACCCAUGAAAAUAUCUGCCGCUAUUUGGCCCGAGAGAGUGAAUCCGUGGUUGUGUCUGUGGAGUAAGUCAAUGUUUUCCGCCCCACCCCCAGCCCCCCGUGGUUGUGAUGGACUCAACCACAGCAUGGCAAAAUGUUAAGAGCAGCUCACUUGCCAGCUGGAGAAGGAAGCCUAAUUGUGUGGUUGCCCCGUGAGCCGCAACUUACCCUGGCUCUCUGACCACUGAGCAAGUAGGGUAACCCACUGUACAUACAUGAGAGGCUACUUUAUACCAUGCCAGACUUUUGUCUAUCUAGCUCAGCAUUGCUCACCUCAGGGAAAGAGCGCCCUUUGCAGCCCAAGGGGAACAUUCCCUUUGUGGACCACCUUCCAGGUCUGCCUGACCAUGGAGCAGUGGUGUAGCGUGGGUUGCCAGCACCCAGGGCCAUGUGGAACAAUGGAGUGGGAAGGAGGGAAACAGACGGAGCAUGCAUGAGCAUUCAACUGCCUAACAGCAUCUGUGUCAAUGCCCCUGUGGCCCCCUCCCAUGCUAUGCCACUGCCAUGGAGGGUAAGCCCAUGUGCCUAAAUGGCAUAUAGGGGGAAAUGGGGCCCUGCACCACCAACCUUGGUCUUGAUUCCUCCAAGCCCUGCUGCCUUAUUAUUUACAAUCCAGUACCAUCAUAUCAGGAGGUCCAUUCCACACAAUGUAGGAAGCAGGUUAUUGGUAUUGUGGCAUCUACCUCCUCUUGUUAAAUAUUACAGGUGCUGUGAAGAUAUUCCUCCUGCAACAAGCCUUUUGAGAGCCUGCAUCUGUAUUGCAGCUGCUCUUACGAUGUUUUAAUUGCUUUUUUCAUUUGUGUGCUGGCCGCCCUUAGCUUCUUUGGGAGGUAGGGUAGAAUAUAUUUUUAUAGAUGAUAGAUAGAUAGAUAGAUAGAUAGAUAGAUAGAUAGAGGUAAAGGGACCCCUGACCAUUAGGUCCAGUCGUGACUGACUCUGGGGUUGCGGCGCUCAUCUCGCUUUAUUGGCCGAGGGAGCCGGCAUACAGCUUCCGGGUCAUGUGGCCAGCAUGACUAAGCCACUUCUGGCGAACCAGAGCAGCGCAUGGAAAUGCCUUUUACCUUCCCACCUGAGCAUUACCUAUUUAUCUACUUGCACUGGCGUGCUUUCGAACUGCUAGGUGGGCAGGAGCUGGGACCAAACAACGGGAGCUCACCCCGUCGCGGUGAUUCGAACCACCAACCUUCUGAUCUGCAAGGCCUAGGCUCUGUGGUUUAACCCACAGGGCCACCCGCGUCCCUUUUUAGAUAGAUAGAUAGAUAGAUAGAUAGAUAGAUAGAUAGAUAGAUAGAUAGAUAGAUAGAUAGAUAGAUGAUAGAUAGAUAGAUAGAUAGAUAGAUAGAUAGAUAGAUAGAUAGAUAGAUAUAGAUAGAUGAUAGAUUAGAUAGAUAGAUAGAUAGAUAGAUAGAUAGAUAGAUAGAUAGAUGAUAGAUAUAGAUAGAUGAUAGAUAUAGAUAGAUAGAUGACAGAUGAUAGAUAGAUAGAUGGUAGGUAUGGUUUGUCUGCUUCCUCCUUAAUCUCAGAAUUGCUCCUGAAGAACUCAGCAGAGAGGAGAUAAAGGGAAAGAGUAGAAUUAGUUGCCUGUCAUUGGCUCUGGCUCCACCUGCUGGUGGGCUUCCUGCCUUUCACCCUAUGGGGACUGGCCGUUAUUUGAUCAUUCAAAAGCAGCAGCAUCAUACACAAUCUCAGAUGGAAAUGAUUUACUGUGGAUUGAUUUUGCCUUAGGUACCGCCUGGCUCCUGAGCACAAGUAUCCAGCCCCGCUCAACGACUGUCUUGCUGCCACCACCCACUUUCUGGAGACGGCAGAAGACUAUGGUGUGGACAACACCCGUGUCAUCAUUGCUGGCGACAGCGCGGGUGGCUGCAUGGCUGCCUGUAUCUCCCAGAGUUUAGUGAAUAGACCAGGCCUUGCAAAAGUGCGUGCACAGAUCCUUAUUUACCCGGGCCUCCAGGCUGUAGACUUCAACUUGCCUUCAUACCAGCAAAACCAUGCCGUGCCCAUUUUAUUCAGGGAACGGGCUGCUUUUUACAUAUUGCAACACGUGACUGGGGAAGCUUCGCUCCUCGAAGAUAUUUUGGAAGGCUGUCAUGUUCCGGUGGACCUGAGAUUGAAGUACAAGAAAUGGCUGAGUGCAGAAAACAUCCCGAGCGAAUUUAAAACCAGAGGCUACAAGCCCGUGGCGACAGUUCCCUGUGAUGAUGAAGUCUACAACAAAGUGAAGGUCCUAAGUUCUUCAGAGUGUUCGCCCCUCCUUGCCGAUGAUGCCAUUGUCCUCCUGCUUCCAGAGACCUGCAUCGUGACCUGUGAAUACGACGUCCUGAGGGAUGAUGGAUUACUCUACAAGAAAAGAUUGGAGGACAAUGGCAUAGCAGUGACUUGGUACCACAUUGAAAGUGGGUUCCAUGGGAUUCUAACCUUCUUCGACAGAGACUGGUUGAAUUUCCCUUCUGGUAAAAGAGGGCUGGACAAGAUAGUCAAUUUUAUAAAGAGCUUAUAA